AUGCUCCAUCCACUCGUUUACUUUCUUGUCCUAUUCUCCUCGUCGAUACGCGCCGCCAUCGCGUCGACGUCCAUUCCUGGUCAGAAUGGAGGAGCAGAGACUGAAGGAUCCCAAUUCAGCGUCGGCGCUCUCCAGAAAGUGUCCGUCACAGCUGGAUCGUGCAUGUACACGUUCCUCAAUAUGAAUCUAUUUUCCGUGUCGUGGUGUGAUGAAACUUGGGCUGCACAGGGCGGCUGUCUCUGGGAGCUGUUCAGCUGGUGGUUCCUGUCUGGGACUUUUGUUCACGGUUGGCGUCGAAAGCAAUCCAAAUCCUCCACCCCUCCCCCUCCUCCCCCUGCUUCUACCUCUUCAGCUCAGCCGACAAGCUCUCAAAAUGCUCCAUCAAGCCCUGCUGGUGGCGGACAAGGCCAGCCAGAUUCGCAAUCCACCUCGUCUUCUAGAGCAACCUCGAUCGCCCCAUCUAAUAGUAAUGGUGCAGCUAUUACUUCAACUAGCCGCACCACUGUCCAGAACAAUGGGGGGAUCACUGAGUUUUCCAGCGUUCUAGCGGCAUCUAACCUUGAAGCACUCUCUUCGUCUCUCCAGUCUCUCUCUACCCUCACUGCUACCUCUUCCUACGUGCGGACGACGACGACACUUAGCAAUGGAGCCGUAGUCACCGUUAUCGCGUCCCCUGAUGGAACUGGCACUGAGGAGAAUAACAAUGUAGGAUCAGGUGAUCAAGGUGCAACCAAUAAAAAGUCCAAAAGUCCUGUCAUUGCCGCAGUUCUCCUUGCUGUCCUCUUGGUAAUUGGCAUCGUCAUUGCCCUGAUCUUCUGGAGGCGGAAGCGAAAGGAGAAGAAGAUUCCACCGCCUAUCUAUAUUGACCCCGCUCGUGCAUCGACAUAUGAUGGAGAAAAGCCUUUGAACUCUCCAGUGGCUUAUACUAUUCACUCGAGCGACGAAGACCAUGAGCGAGGGUUCGGUCGCGCAAUUCGGAAUAGUGAUAGCGGGCACAAUGGAAGCGGUGCUAGUGCUCGCAUCAACUCGAUGAUGUCGGGCGAUACCGACUUGACGAUAUGGACCCCACGUGCAAAGGAGCAACACCAAAUCCUCUCAUCAACACUCGUCCCAGUCAUGACCAGUGAUGCUUCCCACUCAGACAGCCCGACGACCAGUACAAGCGGUCAUCAGCAUCAGUAUCAUUAUACCAAAGUCUCUGGGAACACGAACAAUGUAGUUCAUCCGAAUUUGGCAGGCAUGGGCGCACCCACGCUCACCAUUGUCUCGCCUACCCCGAGUCCUACACCUCGUUCACCGGAACGGAUCACCCAACAUCUUGCAUUCAGUCGAGAUGCUCCCCUUUCGGCCACCGACUCCGAUACCAACCGUGGUGGUAUAGGUCGAGAUGCGAAUAGCGAGGACGAUCAUUCAUGCUAUUCACGCGAACAGCUCGACGAAGCGCGUGCAGAUGCCGCUGGCGUGAAUCUGGAACGUAUUUCCGCACCGCCCGUUGUCCUUCCAUCUGAAAUUUCCUCGCCACUUAGUCCGACACGGAUACUAGACGAGGGAGCGCGGUUGUCGACGAGUACGGGAGUCGCCAGUCGGAGUAGUCGGAGCAUGCAUAUCCCCUCGUUUUUACCCGCUCCACGCCAUCCACAGAGGACGACAUUUGGCGUGGAGAAUCCUGCUUCCAGUGGGGACAUCUUACCCAGACGGAGCGUUGAUACAAGUGGUGCGAGAAGGAGUGGAAGGUAG